AUGGCCACCCUCCACUACCUCCCACCUGUCAAGCCAUCGGCUAUCGCCCUCGGCACCAUCUUCACUCACACCGCAUCCCUUGCUAUCUUGGCCCCUCUCUUUGGUGACACAUACCACCGCGCUCAAGCCGCAAACUCCAACGAGGAAUUUUUCAAGUCAAAGGAAGCUGCCACCGCAGCCGCCAGCUGGGGCUCUUCCCUUGCAGGAUCUGCUCUUCAGACUUAUGGUGUUGGCGCUCUCAUCAAUGCCACUGGCACUCUGAGCUACAAAGGUGCCGCUUACCUCGGAAGCUUGAUCUUCAUGGCCAGCUCUGCUCCAAGUAUUAUCGCACAAGUUGUUACUGAGAAGCGCCCAAUGGACACCAUCGCCGUCACCGUUGUUAGCCGUAUCUUCGAGACUGUCGGUCUGAGCAUGUUCCUCACCUACUGGGGCACAAGAACCAACCCGUUCGACUAA